AUGGCCGCCUCCACCAUGUCUGUCUGCUCUGACGCUCGCACCAACUCCUCCUGGCAGGUGGAUGACUGCCCAGAGAGCUUCUGUGAGCCCUGCUGCUGCCAGUCUAGCUGCUGUGCCCCCAGCUGCUGCCAGUCCAGUUGUUGCCAGCCCAGCUGCUGUGCCCCAGCCCCCUGCCUGACCCUUGUCUGCACCCCAGUGAGCUGUGUGUCCAGCCCCUGCUGCCAGUCUGUCUGCUGCACACCCUCUUGCUGCCAACAGUCUAGCUGCCAGCCAGCUUGCUGCACCUGCUCCCCCUGCCAGCCCUCCAGCUGUGUGACUCUCUGCUGCAAGCCUGUCUGCUGCACACCCAUCUGCUGUGGAUCCUCCUCAUGCUGCCAGUCCUCAUGUUGCCAGCCGCCUAGCUGUGUGCCUGUCUACUGCAAGCCUGUCUGCUGCACACCCAUCUGCUCUGGAUCCUCCUCAUGCUGCCAGCAGUCUAGCUGCCAGCCCUUAUGCUGCCAGUCCUCAUGCUGCCAGCCAUCCUGCUGUGUGCCUGUCUGCUGCAAGCCUGUCUGCUGCNNCCCAGCCUCCUGUGUGUCCCUGCUCUGCCGCCCUGCCUGCUCCCGCCCCACUUGCUGA